GUAUACAGAGGCCGGACUCCGGCUAAUAAAUUGGCACUCCUAUCUAUCCUUGUUCAACUAAUGAAAACUUCGUAUGAUACUUUCUCUCUCACAUAAACUGAAUCGAUGUAGAUGGCGCAAUGGUCGCGUUACAGUAGUAUUUAAAGAAACCAAUAGAUGGCACCAUUUAUUUCAAAAUUUUUAAGUGGUAAACUCGUAGACUUUAAAGAAGGCAAUAGAUGGCGCCAUGUAUUUCAAGUCCGUAAAUCUGUAAAUCCCAGAUGCGUCCAGUUCUCCAGGUUCUCCAGUUCUAUCAGAACUUGCGUGACUUGCUUAUUCAGCCAUUUCAACAUUUUUAUUUACUUCAUCAAUCUUUUAUCUGUGUCUUGUUUAAUUAUUGUGCAGUUUUGCCUGUUUAGCGUUUGAUUAUUACAUAGAUUUGUUUAGUAGUUUAUUUGUUUGUAUAACUUAGUUUUCAUUAGUUUAUUGCCAUAGUUCGUUAUCUUAGAAUUAGUUAGUUUUUAAGGCCUAGUAGAGUUUUAUAGUAGAAUUUAGUUAUAAUGGAUAGCAAUUGCUACAUUUGCGGACGUUCGGUAGAGGAAGUGGUUAAAUUAUUUUCUUUUCCAUUAAAUAUCAAUAAACAGUGAUUAUGGAAUGAGUGUCUUGGUGUACCAGCAGAAAACACGUACUCUAGACGUAUGAGAAUUUGCAACAAUCACUUUACAAUGGAAAGCUUUAUGUUGAAUAGGACCCCCUUGACCUUAAAAAGAGAUGCAAAGCCUUUAAGAGUGAUCAUGAAUGAAGCACACAUUGUAACGAGUGAACCGCUUAGACAGCCUGAACUGGAGCAAAAUAAUUUAACGGAUUCUGUCAUAGAGUUAAAUAUAACAAAAGACGCUGCCAUACCUUCCUCCGCUACAAAUCCAACAACAGAGUCAGUAUUUAAGAAGAGCCAGUUUAGUGCAACAAUCAAAGAAAAAUCACUGCGACGAAUUUUAAAGAACAAAGAAAAACAGAUCCGGAGACUUAAAAAGAAUUAUGAAAAUAAAACUACAUUACUGAGAGAUAUGUUAAGCACACCAGAAUCUUUUACUCAGGUUUUUAAAGAUAAGAAAAUAUCCUUCAGAAUGCAGGUCAGGACGCUUCAGCUUUCAGACAUUGCUGUUUACUUAAAUAAAUAGUUUGUUAUUUUUUAUCAGUUGUCUUUUAUAACUUAUCAUAUUUAAUAAAAUUGCUUUGUUUUAAUUGUUGUCUUGGUCGCUUUGUUACUUUAUUCUACUUGCUGAAAUAUUGUUCCUUUUCGCUUUGUUUUAAUUCUCGUCUUGGUCGCUAUGUUAUACAUAAUUUAUUCUGUUCGCUGAAAUAUUGUUAUAAUUGAUACGAACAGAUACAAAUAAAAAGAAAUAUUACAGUUUAUAUGAAUUCUAUGUUAUAAUUU